AUGGAGAUAGAUGACAUUUUUUCAGACUGCUCAGACCUGAGCUCCGCGCCGUCGUCUCCUAUCGCGCCUGAAGGCUUCUUCUUGCCCUCCCCGGACGAGUCUAGCGCCGGCCGGAGCCAAGACGAUGACUUGCCGCCCGCCAAAAAAAAGCGCCGUGUGGCCCUCCCCAAAGAGCGUCAAACACAGCUACUUGACCUCACCCCCCGCGCUGGUCUUUCCUACGGCGAUCAAGAGUCACAGAUUGACCUUCUCGUCAACACCAUUCGCGGCCACCGGAAAAUUGUAGUAAUUGCUGGGGCUGGAAUCUCCACUUCUGCUGGCAUCCCCGACUUUCGCUCUGAUGAUGGCUUGUUCAAGUCAUUGCAAAAGAAACACAACCUUAAAGCAUCGGGCAAGCUCAUGUUCGAUGCUGCCGUCUACCAGGAUGAAACGUUGACCGCCUCGUUCCAGGAGAUGGUACGGUCGCUGUCUGAAGAGGCUGAGAAAACCUCUCCUACAGCUUUUCAUCAUAUGCUGGCCCGACUAGGCCGCGACAACCGUUUGACGCGGUUGUACACACAAAACAUUGAUGGCAUCGAAACGUCAAUGCCCCCUCUUGAGACGCAAAUUCCAUUGAACGUCAAAGCACCGUGGCCGCGCACCAUCCAAUUACACGGAAGCCUUGAGAAGAUGGUGUGUCAAAAGUGUCGGCACAUGGGCACCUUCGACCGAGCCAUGUUCGACCGCCCUGAUGCUCCUGAAUGUCCGGAAUGUGUAAUAAAGAAUCAAUUCCGCAUGGAAACUGGUCAACGCAGCCAUGGGAUCGGAAAGAUGAGGCCUCGCAUUGUCCUAUACAACGAACACAACCCGGAUGAGGAGGCCAUCACCUCUGUGAUGAAUGCUGAUAUACGCUCGCGCCCAGACGCCCUAAUCGUAGUAGGGACCAGCUUGAAAAUCCCCGGGGUGCGUCGUCUUGUCAAAAGCUUAUGUUCGGUGAUUCGAAGUCGCCGUAACGGGGUCACUAUGUGGAUCAACAACGAACCACCUUCUGGCAAAGAAUUCGAGGACAGCUUCGACCUGGUGGUCAAAGGCGACUGCGAGGAAGUGGCACGACUUGCCCAUUUGAAACGCUGGGAUGACGACUCAGAACCAGUAUUUGACGAAUGCAAUUCCUCCGACGUCGAGCGUAUCAAGAGUGAACAAGGUCCAAUCUCCAUUGUCAUUCGUACGCCGAAGAAGCAUCGACCUCUGGCCCAGACUGGGAUGCUCACGCCGUCGUCUAGCUACGAUGGUGAUGCUGAGAACCCUUCUAACACAACUCUUACCAACCCCGCCAGCAAGGGGCCGAAACUCACGGACAUCCUCAAGGCCAACAAGAAGAAGGAAAAUCCCAAGAAGGCCCCUAAAAGUGCCGGCGUUAAAAAGCCUGCACCUAAGAAGCGAACAACGAAACAGGAGCCAGCUAAGAAUACCAAAAUCACCAACUUCAGCAAAGUCACGAAAUCGCAGAAAGUCAUGCCCGAUGAGAAAUCGGUCAAACUGGAAAAGGAGGCGCAUAAGGCCAUGCAUCCUCUACCACCUGGUGAGGUGCGCAAUAACACGCUGAUGUUUCCUAACCUGGCUUCGAAGGGGGACUCAACGCCAUGCAAGAAUCAAUGGCGCGCCCCCGAAACGAUUUCACCCAAAUCCAUUCCAAACGGAAUGAGUGAUUUAUUAAACCAGCCGACUUCAUAG